GAGCGGGUGUGGAAGCGCGUUCAGAGUGCCGGGCGUCGCGGUGUAACCGGACGUUGCGGUUGUCCAACUCAACCCUGUCAGUUGCACGUGGAUCAACGUGCUAAACGAGGCGGUGGCGCAAGCGGUGCCAGAAAAUCUCGGGGCCCACAAACAAUCGUAUGCGCUUGUCAAGUUCAACCGUGUCCCGUACAUCCUGUACUUAUUAGAGUUCGACGCGCUAGACCUCUGAACAGCUGCGAUUGCCCAACCGAUUCUCAAACUUGUCCACACGCAGGAGCCUCUCGACCUUCCGCCUCUCGUAGAGUCAGAAGAUGCGAUUGUCCGGAACGACCGUGCCGUCACAGUGCCUCGGGCGUCGUAUCCCGUCGACGUCCUCAAGGCUCCUUCUCUCUGCCAUCGUCGUCGAAUGCAAACGUGCAUCUUCCUCGUCAGAACAAUAACAACGGAUUGAGCAAUUGUAAGCCCGUUUGCGAGUGUCCCGAGGGCCCGGGUUGUCCUCACACGUGUUCGGACGGGACGUGCGAUUGCGAGGUAAGGCCGUGUUCGCAUACGAUCAAACCGUCUCGGCGCUCACGCAGGCCGUGCGAUUGCACCGUGCAGCCUUGUUUACACACGAAAAACAACGAGGGACGAAUAAAGCGCGUGAAAUAUCGUGUCCGGCGCGCCGGUUGUGCGAUGGCGCGUUGUACCGCCGAGCUGGCGAUGUUGAAAGUACACUGGGAACUAGCGACCGAAUGUGCCCCGUGCAAGCCUCGCGCUCUCACGAGAAGACUGUGCCGGAGACAACAAAGUGACAACGAAUUGUAUCGCAGCAACAGCUUCAAGUUCGAGAGAUUCGAGAGAACAAAGGACGACUGUCCGAGCCCGUCUCGCAAGCCGGUCUCCUUGUGCGACGAUUAUAGUCUUCCCGUUGAUUUCGUCAACAAGAGACGACCGGCGAGUGCAGCGGCGAUCACAUCGACUGUCCAAUGGGCCUUGCCGAGUCCCAAUAACGAAAACCCAGAAAUUGAAGUAGUCGAGCAGUACAGCGAUCCCAGAGAUAGUAGAAGCAAAGCGUACAUCGAGCCGGCUCAAAACGUCAACGAGCCUGCAGGACCAGCCGUGCUUCCAGUGACGUCGAUCAAAACGAAUCGGGAUUACUGUCGACCGUACACAGAUCCAUCAGCUUCCGAUUCAUCGUGCGACGACGAAGUGAUCGCCAGUCAAUUGGCUGGGUACAGGAAGCGGCAGAACGCAGGUGGUUAUACGUCAGUGAAAGCGGCGAAAGAGACCCUCGGGCACAGCCUAGACCGCAAUUACAGGAUCUCAAAAGACAGUGCAGCAGUUACAUUGGAUUGCGUCGCAUUGGUUCACGUAACCGACCAUUCGCCAACGGAGUCGAGCCAACCAGUCCGCCAUCCGUCGCCGUACUACUACGGGGAUUUGUUCAAAGUUCCAGAACAAUUGCAGCGUCCACAGCCGAACAAAUAUCGAAAAAGCGUGAGCCUCGACGUGCCGGGUGAAAGAUCGCGGACACCGGGUCUACCGAAAAGAAAUUCAGUAGCCGGUGAUGGAGCGGCGCCUUAUCACUCUUCCAAUCAACUGUCCACUAGCCAAUAUCAAAAUCAUCAAGAGCAACACCAAGCGGAUUUCGUGAGUCCUACGUCGGGCAGUGAGCAUGCUUUGCCAUCUCGGACCGAGAUACUCUCGUCGUGCAUCAUCAACGAGUGGGAUCAUACACUCAUGCCUCCGCAUCGUUUACUGAGUCAUGAUUUGCCCACUACCGUUUGCACCUGCUUGGCCUCGCCGGACGAGGAUGAGCUAGAGUCUACGACUGCGCGUAAGCCGACGCGACCCCAAGUACGAAAAUUGCGACGUUCCAGAAGAAUCGAUCCGCAACCGAUACUCGUUGAGAACGAUCGCGACGAGGAGAACGAAGAGGACGAGGACGAGGAGGAUCGGGUCGUUGACGAAGGAGCCGACGACGAACACGAGGACGACGAGGAAGAAGACAUCGAUCCCGAAGACGAAGACAUGGCGAGGCAGAGACACCUCUACGAGACUGCCUUCGAUUGCAAGGUCAGUCGAUCGGACGACGACCUCGACGACCUGGACCGGGUCACCAAUCAUCCUAUUUUGCAUACGGGUAGAAGCAGUGCAAUCGUCGCUCCAACACCGCGUGCGAGCUCUUCGACGGAUUCGUCGAAGCAACAAAAGUCCUGCCACCCCUCGCCCCACAAUUAUUCGGGUGUAGUGGCCCCGAGCGCUCCAUUCUCCGGGGCGAAGGAUCACCGCCGAAAAGUCGUGUUGCUUCGUCCAAAGCCAAUUCCAUCACGACUGCAGCAUCAUCAACAAAAAUCGGAGAACAGCGUGUCCAGUUUGUCCCAAGAGAUAGAAUCGUUGCAGGUGAAUUCGAGCGACGAGAAGACCUCGUCGCCGCGAUUACCGGCACGGGGUUACACCCCGUCGCCACCUUCGACCGCUCCGUUGCCAGCCAAGUUUCACGGUGGCAACAAGGAUCAUUUGCUGCUAAACAUACGGAGCGCACCGAAUUUGCCCUCGCAGCCAGACCAUCCGAGGCUAAAGGACAUGAGACUACCGGUGAAAUCUUUGCGGGCCAAAGAAUCACCCCAGAGCAGUGAGGCCGGUAGUAUUUUGGAGAUUAAGGGCAGACCCAAAGCCUCGAGUUAUUCGCAGGACACGAGCCAAGAGACGCGAAGGAACGACAAAGAACUCAUAUUGGAAUUCAAAGGUAGGCCGAGAGAGGAGACUCGACAACGGCCCCGAAGCUUGAUACGUGAAAGCCGACCGAUAAUGGAGUUUAAGGGCAGGCCUCACGAAGCGGAAAGUGAUUUACCGAGACCUAGACAAGAGAUGGGCUUACUGGAAUUCAAGCUUCGCUCGAACAGACGUCGCGUUGGCUACUCGAGUACCGAGAGCAUGGCGACUAGCAGCAGCGGAGGUAGCAUGGAAUCGAUACGGAGCAGCACCAGCGAAGGCAACAGGUCGACCAGCAGCUCCGAGAGCCGUCACAGCACUAGUUUAAGCUCACACAGUUCCGACAGCGGUAGCAACAGUUUUCACCAUCACCACCACCACCACCAUCAUCAUCAACAUCAACCAUCUUUAACCGGUUUUCUUACUUAUCACGCCAGUAAACUGCACAUACUUUCCCCAAUAUCCGACAAGUCUUCUCAAGAGCCAGCCUCCGAAACUUCCGACAACAAUCGCAACAACAACUCCCAAAAAGCUUCCCCAGAAGAAAUUGCCACCGAAAACGUCACCGGGCCCAACACGAACGCUACUUCCAACGUCGUUUCGCCGACCGACACUUCCUUCAAGAAACGGCGAACACCACAAAACAAAAACCUCAUAAACCUCGCGCUUCAAUCCUCCUCGUCCGGCGACGCCGAGAUUCAAGGCUCCGACAGUGGCAUUUCCAUCGAAUCACGCGCCGGCAUAAAGUGCAAACCUUUCGGCUUUCAUCUUUUGAAACCUCAACUCGAUAACAUCAAUCUCGUUGACGAUGAGCCUGAACUUUCCGAUCUUCCCUUCGACAUGCCCAAACUCCGCCGGAGACGAUUACUCAUGCAACAAGAUGCUACUACUUCCGGUAGCGCUACCAGCGUCGAUCUCAGGGACCUCCCUUUUGACAUGCCGAAAUUAAGGAGACGCUUGAGGUGCACACAGAGCACGGAAUCCAGCGCUUCCCAGGCCUCCUCCAGUCUCUCGGUUCGUGACGUCGAACCGCCUGGCCUCUUCGGCGGCGGCUUGGCGCGUCCAAAGAUGACUCUGAAUUUGGAUGGGGGUGGAAAUCCCGGUGCUGGAACUAUCACAGCUACUUCUGGGGCGGGCGGUGGCCAGUUCAUCCCAAAAAAACCCGGUGGCCUGAGCCUUGGUCUACCACUGGAAAUAACAACUGGUCGAGCUUCAGCUGACCUUGUUGAUGUCGAAUUACCCCUCGAGAGACAAGGAUGGUACCAUGGAUCGAUAACGAGAAUCGAGGCAGAAGCUGUACUACGACUACUACGUGAGGGUAGCUAUUUGGUGAGAAACAGCGAGUCAACCAAGCAGGAUUAUUCUCUGUCCUUGAAGAGCGCUCGUGGGUUUAUGCACAUGCGAAUACAGAAAAACGAGGAACUGAAUGCUUACAUAUUGGGCCAAUUCAGCAAGCCGUUCGAAAGUAUACCGGAAAUGGUGCGUCACUUCAGCGUCAAUCGUCUUCCCAUACGCGGAGCCGAGCACAUGUGUCUCCUCCAUCCAGUCAUAGCACAGCUUUUGUAGCGCAUCUACAGAAGCGCCCUCUAAAGCGCUGACAUAUUUUAUCAAAAAAUCUCCAGAUUCUGCAAUCUCGAGCGGUCCUCAUUGUGUUUAAUCAUCGUCUCAUGAUUUCGUGUCAUUUGUGUUACAACUGUUUUGUUCGCUGAUGGAUCAGUGACUGGAAGGAAUCGACGUCUUGGCCGAUUGAAAAAGAAAAAUCGAACGUCUCCAAAGGUCUCGAGCGCGGUGUUUUCGAACGACGAAGUCCUCCAAAUCGCAUCGUCCACGUCAUCGAAACACGACUUCGAUUGACCUGCAACAAGGGAAAAAGGAGCAAUAAACUUUUGGACUCGUCAACUUUCCAGAGCUCGACGGAGAUUUUUUUCGACAGCCGUCGUCGUGCGGAACGUCUGUAAGAGGACAAUAAUUAAAGCGUUUUGUGCAAGAGGAAAAUACUCGCACGAAUCACAGUCCGGUCAGAGGUCGAAUUGCUGUAGGAUAAGUAAAGUUCGUAUAAACUUUCGAGUACUCCGAUUUUCGAAUACUCAUUGUCCAGCCUCCCGGAAUACUGUUUGGAUGAGAAACCUUGAUAAACAAUUUUAUAUAGUCGAACAGAAGGAAUGUACAGAUUACAGGAAAAUCUGCGAUUGGAUGGUCGAAAGUGUCUAUGUGCGUUUGAACAAUCGCUGAAUUUGGUGAAAAUAACUUUGAGGGGAAUCCCAAUUUGAAGAGCAAUCUCAGAAAAACGCGUCGACUGAAAUCGAGACUUUUGCAAAAUUUCACCCCCAAUGAACUCCAGUUUACAACAUUCGAUUUGUCACCAAAGAUUCUGAUUGUAUUUGUGGAUAUUUUACACACAUACGGUCUCAGCCAAAAACUACAUUUUAUGAGGGUAUCGACAGAUGAUAAUCUCGAAUCUGCUUAUAUGAAAAAGUUAUAUCAAUAGGCCCACGUUCUGUUAAAAAGGCGAACAAUUUUUUCAGUUUUCUGUCUCGUUUGAAUUCAUUCGAAACAAAAAACGAACAAAAGGUUGGAAUUCGUUGGCCUGAGCUUUUUGAGAACGUUCGAAACGUCAUUGAAGAAAUUUCCGAUUCAUUUAUUCAUUCAAGUGUCAUUCAAAAUUCAACUCGUUUGUUACCAAUGUGAGAAUUGGCUUUCACGGUAAAUUCACGAACUUGACUUUUUCAUGCCCGAUUUCAUCAGUCUUCCCCGUGCAAAAAUAAUAAAAGUAAAAGCGCAAUCUACCUCCGCCACUUUCCUAACGAUUCAAAUAUUUGAUCGACGGAGAAUCGAUCGAAUGAUCCAUCUCCAUGGGUUACUUGGACAAUACACGAUACUACUGACGAGAUACCGAUGAAGAAAAAACCGAUAAAAAAAUGAAUAUGAUCGGGAGUUGUGAGAGCUGAGAAGAGUGCUCGAGCUGCUGGAUAUAAAUAAAUGAGUGAGAACCCAAUGCCAAAUAUAACUUCCAUAAUAACGUGAGCGAUGUCCUUUUGGACGCUCCCAUAGUCCAUUUUUGCUGAUAAGUAUAAUUUAGGAUUAGAUCUCACCAAUCAACGGGAAUUCCCCGUUUCAUGCAACACUUGCUAUGAAUUAAUUCUUCUUGUGUUCUUGAAAUCCUAUCAAGACCAAUAAUUUUAGAUAUUGAAAAAAAAAAGUUCAAUGAAACCGGUACUUUUUUUAUGGGGCUGAAGAUAAAGAGGAUCAGGAAUGUAUCAUUUGUCUACGAAUACUUGAGGCUAAAAAAACAGCAAAUUAUUGAAAACCAUCGUUGUUUAUUUGUCGAUCUUGAGAAGGAUUGAAAUACAAUUCUCUUCAAAUGACUUUUUUUACACUGGAUACGUACAUUUGCAAUAUAUUUUUAAUGCUACAUGAAUUUGAAUACUUUUUUUAAAAAUCAGAAACAUAAAUUAUGUAUUUUUGGUUGAACGCCAGAAAAAUUGAAUGUCUCAAAACCUCUGAAAUUCGAAAACUAAAUAGCAACAAAUUCGAAGCUGCUUGAAAUGAAAAUCUUUUGGAGCGCACGAGUGAAAAUCAUCCAGAGUCGUCGGUUAUUUUUCAUUGAACAAAAAUCCUUUUCAUUUCCGAUUCCGUUCGAAACGUGACGUUCCUAGUGCUAACAUAUUUUCCCGUUGAGUGCAGAACUUUGAUGAUUCGCUCAAGUGGAUCAUCCGUCCGAGAAUUAAUAAAUUGACAAUUAAUUGUACGAAGAUUGAGGGUGGAGAAAAAGUUUGGGAGAAACUGAUACAUAUUUUUUAAUGUGAUAUUACUUUGUUACAGAACUAGCCUAGUUUUUACCUGUGAUUCGUUACAAUGUUUUGUUUUAAGGGUUGAAUUAUAACUUCUUCAUCGAAAAAGCAUCGAACAAAAUGAAAAACCAAAAUUCCGAACCCGCCCAAGCCCAGCUUAAGUCAUAAGCGAGAAUCGUGUUGAUACAUGUAACAAUAAUUUUAACUUUGGAGAAUUCGAAUGACGCUGAUUUUCCCAAGAACAAUCCUCCGUACUCUUUAAUCAACAAUAACGUGCAAUAUUAUUUCAUAUUGAAUUGUUCAUUAAUAAAAAAAUAUAUAUUUAUGCAUACGCGACUCGAAAAUCGUGGCAAUAAAAAGCCAAUUUCCGUAAUCGCGCGAGAUCCGUGGCGUAACAAUAAUCACGUUACUCAACAUUGAAGUACUUUUAAAAAAUAUUUAUUCCAACUGAAAUGAUCUGUUUUGUUUGUUGCCGUUAUGACUCUGCUGUUAUUCAGUUAUUUUUAAUAAAUUCUCAUGAAUCGAAGUGAGUGCUAAGAGAACAGGGCAGCAAGCGUUUUCCUCGUUUUUAUUUCCCAAUCAUGUGGAAUAAUGAGGUGCAAUAAUUCGUGAUCGAUGAAGAAUUGAUUUCCUUAUUAAUAUCCGUUCGUUGAGAAAUACGUCCAUUAUCUCGUAAUUCAUUCGGUCAGAGACAAAAAUAUAUAUUCCAAACGAAUGAGAAGACAAAAAACUGUCGAGCUUUCGCCAUUUUUUUGAGGAUACUGAGCUCAGGGCAAGGAUGUACAGAAAGAUAGGAUGGAAGGAAGGAAGGAAAGAAGAAGGAAGGAAGCUUAAAGAAAGAGGCCCCGGUCCGUUGAUAUUAAUAUUAUAUUUAUAUUUUUAUACGUUUAAGAUAAAAACAACAUUUUCCUUUGAAGAUCAUUCGAUCGAUCCUUAUUUAAAAAAAAACGACUUGCACCAUCGUAAAAAAGGGAAGCACGUAUGAGCGAAAAGAGAAAAAGAAAUGUAUACUUUAAGCUGCCAGUAUUAUUAACUGUAAUCGAUAAUGCAUAUCGACGUCAAGAUUGGAGAGGUGUAUGUUAAUAUUCUCCGUAUAUCCGAUACGUUAUGAAAAAAGAAACUAAUGAUUUCGUACUUGUAGCGAAUCGAUAAAUAAAACCCGCAAAAAAAAGAAUUAAAUCGCAAGAGGCGAAGUUUGUUUAAUCGUGACAUAAGGCCGUAUAACUCAUGUUACAGAAAACGUAGGAUUUAGAGGCUUAGUUAAAAACGGGAAAGAUAAAAUAAUAAUCAUAGCCCUGAGUACCAGUAAAACCGAUCACAUGCUGUUCGUAUAUACAUAAAUAAAAGUAAUAACAAUAAUAAUAUUCGGUUUAGACGAUAUCCGACAAAAGUGUAGAUACUUCCUGUACCUUCGAAUUUAUAUGACGUAGAAUUGUAACUUACGUGUAUUGAAUCAGUUACAUGAGUAAAUGAGCCUAGCUGAUAGCCGUUUAGGGCGUUUUUUUUUUAAUAUUAAGGAACUAAAAGAAGAUCGAAGAGGCCCAUGUACUGAAACAACCAAUGUAACUGCGCAAUUCCAAUAUCCCAUGUGUAAUUUUAUUGUCCGAAUUAGUAUUGCCCUUGGAGAGAAUAUUCAAAAAAAUGCCGAAAAAGAAGAAAAAAAUAUAUCAAAUGGGCCGUGUGGAAUAGAAAGGGUAAUAAUAAUAAUUGAGGCGCGAAUAUUUUUGUUGUUACUGGGAUCGUCAAGCAAAAAUAACGUAACACAAAAGUCAACCACUUCGUUAGGAAGUAGAGUGUAAUUUGGAAACAUCCCGGUUAACAUUAGUUAUAACAAUACUAAUAAUUAUAAUAAUGAUGAUAAUAAUAAAAAAGUUUCAUAAUAA